AUGUCGCACGCCGUCACUCACGCGAACGCCGCGCGCGCGACGCGCGUCGUCACCUCGCGUCCCGCGUCUCGCGCGUCGCGUCGCGCCCGCGUCGGCGUGAAAUCGUGCGCGACGUCGUCCGAUGACGUCGCUCUCGGCAGGCGCGACGCCGUCCUCGCGGCCAUCGCGCUCGGCGCGCUGACGCGCGCGGACGACGCGCGCGCGAUCGGAUUUCAGAAGGAACUGAAGAAACGCGGGCCGGUGAGCGAGGACGCGUACUCGAAGACGGCGGGAUUUGAGUUUCGAGGCGAGGCGAGGGACGGGGUGAAGUACGUCGACGUCGUCGAAGGGAAGGGAAAACCCGUCGAAGCGGGCGCGCUGACGACGCUGCACUUUGAGUGUAAAUACAGAGGUUUGACGGUGUCGUCCACGCGCGAGGCGCGCACGCUGGGGGGGAAUCGCACGAUUAGCGAGCCGUUUCAGUUCAAGUACGGGACGCUGCCGAACGAGUUCACAAAGGCGGCGAAGAGAAAGAACAUCAUCGGCGUCGGGAUCGAGGUGAGGAUCGAUCCCGAUUUGAGAGAGCUUUAUGUGGUGAAGUGCGUGUUCAACGGUCCAGCGGAUCGCGCGGGAAUCAAACCGAACGACGUCAUAAUCUCAAUCGACGGCGUCGGCGACCUCGUGGACAAGCCGAUUCAAGAUAUCGGAGCGUUGCUCGUCGGCGACGUCGGGACCGAGCUCGAGUUGAAGGUGAAGAAAGGCGGCUCGCGCAACGGUCCGGACGCCCCGAUCGAAACCUUCAAGUUGACGCGAGAGGUUACCGCUGUAGCGACGCCGAAGCGUGAAAUUCAAGUCGACGGUGGCGGAGGACUCUUUACCGGCGGCAGUGGCCCCAAACCGCCGCCGAUUAUUUACGUACCGGAGGCACUCGCGGGAAUGCAGGUGGGUGGUCGACGCAAAAUAAUCGUCCCUCCGGAUGUCGGUUUCGAGGACGUCGGGGAAGGUGAAAUUCCUCCGGGCGCGACGUUCGAGCUGUUGAUUGAUUUGCUCGACGUUCAAGAGAAGUCUUCGUAAAAUCAGCCGGUUGGCGCGCUCACGUUCGUGAACAUUCAAAAUUCAAUCACUCCACGUGCGCGCAGUGUGGAAG